AUGAUUGUGCCAGUUAGAUGUUUCUCUUGUGGUAAGGUUGUUGGGGACAAGUGGGAGGCAUAUUUGAACAUGCUACAAGAGGAAGAACUUGAUGAAGGUACUGCCUUGUCAAGAUUAGGCUUGAAGAGAUAUUGCUGCAGGAGAAUGAUCUUGACACAUGUGGACUUGAUUGAGAAGUUUUUGAGAUACAAUCCACUAGAGAAGAGGGACUGA